AUGGCACCAGCUGAAGUUCCAGUUGCAGUUCUUCCUGGCACGCCCUCCAGCUUCCCCAUACCGGCAGAGAAGCUCAUAGCGCUAGCACAGAAAGUGUUUGCGACCAACAGCGGCGUGGAAGACCCCGACCUGCUGGCUGACAAUUUCAGAUUCGAAUUUCCUGUGGUGUCCCUGGCCAAGAAGGACUUUGUGAAGGCGGUGAGCGGCUUCAAUCUAAAAGAUGCCUUCCCCAACAUGGAGUCACACCCCUACGACUGGCGAGUAGACAAAUAUGAACCCAACCGCGUCUGGUGGACUGUGCGCAACACUGCCACCCACACAGGGCCGCUGAGAUUCUUCGGUGCCACCUACAAACCCACCGGCAAGGUUGUGUUGGGGGCGCCAGAGUGCCUGUCAUACACAUUCAACGAGGAGGGCAAGGUGACAUCGUUCACUGGUGGCUACAUCAUGGACAGGAGGGUGGGCAACACAAACAAGCUUGGGGCAAUGUUCGGCAUCCUGUCAGCCAUUGGGGCCCCCGUGCCAUCUCCAGGAUCCCCCCUCUUCUUUGUCAGGCUGGCCACAAAUGCAGUCCGCAGCCUCAUCUCAGGGAGCCAUGCAGGGUACACAAAUGGGGACAGCUUCACGCUCGCAUCCAAUUACACAACCAACGCUGUGACGGUAGCUGGAGUUGGCAGCCUCUGUCAGAGCGGCACGCCAGUGUUUCCAGCAGUAGAAGCCACAAUCUCCACAGUCCACAAGGCGUUUGUGGAUGGGAAGGUGACAUGCUCACAGCUUGUCCAGGCGUAUGUGCAGAGAAUACAGGCUUACGACAAAGCCACAGGGCUAUCAGCCGUGAGGGUUCUCAACCCAGAUCUGGAAAAGGAGGCUGCAGCAAAGGAUCAGCAGCUGCAUCAGGCGCGCCAGGCUGGCAGCAACGGGCUGCCCGGGGGCCUCUUCUGCGUGCCCGUCCUGGUCAAGGACAAUUUCGACACUGUCAGUAUGGCCGCCACUGCCGGCUCCGCCGCACUCCUUGACAACUUUGCUUCCAAAGACGCGCAGCAGGUGGCGCGGCUGAAGGCGGCGGGGGCAAUAGUGCUGGGCAAGGGGAAUAUGGGGGAGUGGGCAUUCUCGCCAAUCUUUUCCAUCAGCUCGGUGGCGGGCGUCGUGCGUAACCCCUACGACCUCGAUAGGACCCCCGCCGGCUCUAGCGGGGGGCCUGCUGCAGGGGUGGCGGCGAGCUUUGCUCUGGUGGGACUGGGGACAGACACGGGCAAUUCUGUGAGGGGCCCUGCCUCGCACACUGCCCUGGUGGGCAUGCGCCCCACUCUGGGCCUCACCAGCAGGGCGGGCAUAGUGCCGCUGGACAACUCGAGUGACAUAAGCGGCCCCCUGGCGCGCAGCGUGGAGGAUGUGGCGCGCAUGCUCGAGGCGCUCGCAGGGCCGGACCCCCAGGACCCCCUCACGUUGACUAACCGCUUAGUCACCGCCAACCGCACCGCCAACUACACCCGCUUCCUCGCGCGCGACGGCCUCCAGGCAAGCGCAGCCCUUGCUCUGAGCUCGUAUGGGCUCCUGCCAGGGGCGCGCGUGGGGGUACUGCGGCAGGUGAUAAACACGGACAUCAACGACACAGAGGUCAUGCAGCUGUUCCAGGACGCGCUCACCCUCAUGUCAGACCACGGCGCGACGAUUGUGGAGGAUUUCAAGAUAGCCGGAAAUUCCCUUGGGGGCUACGACUGGGACGGCCGCAGCGGGCAGUGGUGGACGGGCAGCACUGCCUCCGGCCACUGGGAGGACAUAAACUGCGGCGCACACUUCAAAUCCGACCUCAACUGGUACCUUCGCACCGCCGGCACGCGCUUCCGCUCGAUCCAGGAGAUAGCGGACGCUGGCCUGUACCAUCCGACAAUCAACUCUUCGCUGUCUGCGCGUGCGGCGGUCAGCUACACGCCGGCGGAUUACCCGACAGAUGAAUUGCGCGCGGCCGGCUUUGUGUGCGGCUGUGGUGACUACUUUGACAACCCCUGCCGCGCCGAGUUCCGCAAGAGGCUGGUGGAGUCGAUGAACAAUGCCAACCUGGACGUGAUAGUGUACCCCACGUGGACUAACCCGCCGCGCCUCAUAGGAGACUUCUUCAGCCCCGACGGCAACGAUUCACCCCAGGUCGCGCCGCCGACUGGCGCACCGGCGAUAACGGUGCCGAUGGGCUUUGUGCACCGCUCGGGGCGCUCGGCUCUGCCGGCCGGGCUCCAGAUGCUGGCGCGGCCGUGGGACGAGGGGCGGCUGCUGCGAGUCGCAUUCGCGUACGAGCAGGCCACGCUGCACCGCCGGCCGCCCCCAAUCUUUCCAGAGUGCAGCGGUGGCGGCGGUGGCGGCAGCGGGGGGACUGUGGGGUCUGGCGGAUCGGCCAAUCCGCCGGCCCCAGAUGUCAGUGUGCGGUCUCUCAGCGGGAGAUGA